GGAGAGAGAAAAUAGAGGACAGAACACUCCCGCUGCUGCGUACGUAAUUAUAUUCCAAACCUAAUCUCCGGAUUGCCCGCCACCGGGCAGGGGCUUCCGUUUUCUCUGUGGGUGAAGAUUCCGGGGAGAAGAAAACGAGAAAGGGACAGACCGUGAAACAGUCUGAAUGAGAGAGAGAAAGACAUAUUGAGAGAAAGAGACAGGCAGACAUAGAAAGUGAGUACAAUAAAGUGAGUCAGAGAGAGAGGCAAACUGUAGGAAAGGGAAAUAUCCUGAUAAAAAAAUGCGCUUCUAUCCCAGUUUACUAUUGUUGCUUUGAAAAAUAUUUGUUCCAGUUUUAAUGAGGAUGGUUCGGAUUGCAAAGUAAACGCUCGCUUUGUAAUAAUGGGGUAGGUAACCACGUGAAAGGAAAUUGGAUUUCGAGACACGCGUAGCUGAGAAAGGGGAAGAGACUUGCAAACAAACUCAACGAGAGAGAGAGAGAAACCACUGCGGGAGCAUCUUUUCUUCUCCGAGAAAUGCCCGAAAUCGUCGAGGCGAUGCCGACAAUUGUCCGGAUAAUUCUCUUAAUGGAUCAUACUACGAGCUAUUCCACUCUGUCGAUAUCAGUGUGAUGAACUCAUCACUGUGGCGAUGCAUGUAAAGUUGGAUUACGGGUGUGUGGAGAGGAGGAAGAGACUGUUCACCUGGCUGAUACUCUUCACGCCGAUGUUUAGCCCGAGUUCACAACAAGUACUCAGAAUAGGUGGGAUCUUUGAGACUCGUGAGAGUGAGUUGGUGAGUGUGGAGGAGCUGGCUUUUAAGUUUGCAGUGACCAACAUCAACAGGAACAGGACCCUGAUGCCCAACACGACCCUGACCUACGACAUCCAGAGAAUCAACCUCUUCGACAGCUUCGAGGCCUCCAGGAGAGUGUGUGACCAGCUCGCUUUAGGAGUAGCAGCAGUGUUUGGCCCCUCCCACAGCUCAUCAGUCAGUGCAGUCCAGUCCAUCUGUAAUGCCUUGGAGGUGCCCCACAUCCAGACCCGAUGGAAACAUCCGUCGGUGGACAACCGAGACAUCUUCUACAUCAACCUGUACCCAGAAUACACUGCCAUCUCCCGGGCCAUCCUGGACAUAGUUACCUUUUUCAAGUGGAAGAGUCUGACUGUGGUGUAUGAAGACAGCACAGGUUUGAUGCGGAUGCAGGAGUUGAUCAAGGCUCCGUCUAAGUUAAACCUGAAAAUCAGGAUACGGCAGCUCCCCCCAGGAGAGGUGGAGGCCAGGCCAUUACUGAAGGAGAUGAAGAGGGACAAAGAGUUCUACAUCCUUUUUGACUGUUCCUACCGGACUGCUGCAGAGAUACUCAACCAGCUCUCGUCCAUGGGGAUGAUGACAGAGUACUACCAUUUCUUCUUCACCACGUUGGAUCUGUUUGCACUGGACCUGGAGCCGUAUCGUUACAGUGGUGUUAAUAUGACAGGGUUCAGGCUGUUGAAUAUAGAUGACCCCUAUGUAGCCUCCACCAUGGAGAAGUGGUCUAUGGAGAGACUACAGGCUCCACCUAAAAAAGAGAUGGGGUUAAUGGAUGGAGUUAUGACGACGGAGGCGGCUUUGAUGUAUGAUGCAGUGUUCAUGGUUGCCGUGGCCUCCCAGCGAGCCACUCAGAUGACGGUCAGCUCGCUGCAGUGUCACCGGCACAAACCCUGGCGCUUCGGACCGCGCUUCAUGAACCUGUUCAAAGAGGCCCAGUGGGAUGGUCUGACAGGUCAUAUAGUUCUUAAUAAGACUGACGGUCUGAGGAGAGACUUUAACCUGGACAUCAUCAGUCUGAAGGAAGAUGGCACGGCGAGGGGCUUUGUUGAAGGGUCCAGUCGCCUCACUAAAAGGUGGAGCAAGAUUGCAGUUUGGAACUCCUACACCGGUUUGAACCUGACUGAGACCAACCAGGAGAAGAGCAACAACGUGACAGAUUCUAUGGCCAAUCGGACGUUGAUCGUCACCACCAUUCUGGAAAACCCUUAUGUGAUGUUUAAAAAAUCUGACAAGGAGCUGUCUGGUAACGACCGGUUUGAGGGCUACUGCCUCGACCUUCUGAAAGAACUCUCCAACAUCCUGGGGUUCACUUAUGAGGUCAAACUGGUGUCUGAUGGGAAAUACGGGGCGCAGAACGACAAGGGAGAGUGGAAUGGCAUGGUCCGAGAGCUCAUUGACCAUAUAGCAGACCUGGCUGUGGCCCCUCUGACCAUCACCUAUGUGAGGGAGAAGGUGAUAGACUUCUCCAAGCCCUUCAUGACCUUGGGUAUCAGCAUCCUGUACCGGAAACCCAACGGCACCAACCCGGGAGUGUUCUCCUUCCUCAACCCCCUGACGCCCGACAUCUGGAUGUAUGUCCUGCUGGCCUGCACCGGAGUCAGCUGUGUCCUGUUUGUCAUCGCCAGGUUCACGCCCUAUGAGUGGUAUAACCCUCACCCCUGCAACCCCUCAUCGGAGCUGAUAGAGAAUAAUUUCACGUUACUCAAUAGUUUCUGGUUUGGAGUGGGAGCUCUCAUGCAGCAAGGUUCUGAGUUGAUGCCUAAGGCCCUGUCGACUCGAAUCGUGGGGGGCAUCUGGUGGUUCUUCACCCUCAUCAUCAUCUCCUCGUACACAGCCAACUUGGCUGCCUUCCUCACCGUGGAGCGAAUGGAUGCCCCAAUCGAAUCGGCCGACGACCUGGCUAAACAGACACGGAUAGAGUAUGGCUCGGUCCGGGACGGGUCCACCAUGACCUUCUUCAAGAAAUCCAAGAUCUCCACGUACGAGAAGAUGUGGGCGUUCAUGAGCAGCAGGACCACCGCUCUGGUGAAGAACAACAGAGAGGGCAUCACCCGGGUUCUGACCACGGACUACGCCAUGCUGAUGGAGUCCACCUCCAUCGAGUACAUCAGCCAGAGGAACUGUAACCUGACACAGAUCGGAGGCCUCAUCGACUCCAAGGGCUACGGAGUGGGCACUCCUAUAGGCUCCCCCUACAGGGACAAGGUGACCAUUGCCAUCCUGCAGCUGCAGGAGGAGGGGAAACUCCACAUGAUGAAGGAGAAGUGGUGGAGGGGGAAUGGCUGUCCCGAGGAGGACAACAAAGAGGCCAGCGCCUUGGGAGUGGAGAACAUCGGCGGCAUCUUCAUCGUCCUGGCAGCCGGUCUGGUCCUGUCCGUGUUCGUAGCCAUCGGGGAGUUCAUCUACAAGGCCCGGAAGAACUCGGAUAUAGAGGAGUGUGUCUCUUUUAGCUCUCUCAUGGAGGAGCUGUAUAUCUCCCUACGCUGUCACAAAACCAUCAGGCGAAGGUCGCGACCGCGUGGACGUUCGGGAUUGGCUAGCGUCUCAUGUCACCCCAAACGCAUCCUGAAAAAGUAGACAACAUCGUGGGAAAGCCGCGACAAUGACUAUGUUGAACUGAGGGACACCCUUGGUUAUAAAAGGAUUUGAAUGACUGUGGUCCACUGGAUGUGUUACUUUACUUCUUAUAUUGACAUGUAUGUUGUUUGUUUACUUUAUAUAUUGACAUGUAUGCUGUUUGUUCAUCUCGGUCCAUUUCGUUUUUGUGUAAACACAUUGAGGUAAGCAUGCACGAUGUGUACAUUAUCAUUCUGCGCGUUGUGUGGCUUGGGAGAACAUGAUUGGAUGAUCAUGAUUGGAUGAUCAUUGGAUUCACACCUUCGGGUCACUCUAAAGUACAACGACACAUUGUUUCCCUGCUGCCUCGGAUUUUCAGAAUAAAAUGUUUUACAUUUUU